AUGGCUGCAGAGCUCGACGUGCUCAUUGCCGGUGAGCCUGGCAUGUCCGUCAGAGCGCCCUACAAAGAUGACGAACCCGUUUACUUCCUAAUACAACGAGUCUCCAACAAGCUUGGCGAGAAUGAGAGCGAGAUCCGAUGGCGUGGCCUUUAUAUCAACGGCAUCCAUGCUAAAGAUCAACGACAGUCUAUUACAACCUAUCGAAUCUUUGGCAACAGUUUGACCUAUCGUUCUCAAAAAAAGGGCGAAAUGGCAAUUGCAAUGAGAACACUUACUGGCAAGACUAUUCAUUUGACCUGCAACCGUCAAGACAUCAUCAUGGACAUCAAGACCAUGGUUCAGGAGAUGGAAGGGAUCCCUCCGGACCAGCAAAGACUUAUCUUCGCAGGAGAGCGGCUUGAGGACGAGGAUACGUUGGAAGAUUACAAUAUCGCCGAUGGCUCGAUAUUGCACUUGGUGUUGCGUCUGCGCGGUGGAGGUCACGCCCCAGGUAUAGGGCUCAAGUUCUCGGAUGUCUCCGAACUAUCUGGUGUGCGCAGGUACGAAUUUUCCUUGUCAGUUCCUCCUGGACGCACUGUCUUACCAGGAACGAACGUCGAAUGCAAGUGCAAGUGCUCUUCAAGCUACCGAGUGAUCUGUCCAAAGCGGUUUGGAGCAAUUGAGUUGUCUAAAGAGCAGUUCACAUGCCCUAACUGCAAGUCGAGCAAAAGGAUUACCCCUGUCACGGUUGGAUUCGUGAGAUGCAAGUACCGUUUUCAUGGAAUCAAGGCAACUGGCGAGCAGUACACAUCUGAUUGGAAAGACGUAACUGACGAGGAUUGCUACCAGCUAUUCAGUCCAGACAAUCAAGCCCUUUGGAAACGCUUGGUAAUCGAGUCGGCCGAUAUCUAUAAACGCGAAGACUGUACGAUCUGCCUGAAGCCCAUGGACACCAUGCAGAAACUUAGCUGUGGCCAUUGCUUCCAUGAAGCUUGUUAUCCUCAAUGGAAUUCUUCCUGCCCCAAAUGCCUCUUCAGCCAACACUUAAUCACCGGCAGAGCACCGCAGCAGUGGUAG